UCCUGGUCCUGGUCCUGGUCCUGGUCCUGGAUGAAGGGGGGCCGUCCGGUGGUGCAGGUGGUCCGGCUGGGCCUGGUCUCGUACCAGGAAGCCCUGCGGGUGCAGCAGGUCUACGUGGACCGGCACCGGUCGGGUCCGGCUCACGUCCUGCUGCUGUGCCAGCACCCGCCGGUCUACACCACGGGGAUCCGCCAGCAGCCGUACCCCCCCCCCCUGCUGGACCGCCUGCGCCUGCUGGGGGCCGAAGUCCACCGGACCAACCGAGGAGGACUCAUCACCUUCCAUGGACCGGGUCAGCUGGUCUGCUACCCGGUCCUCAACCUGGGCGCCUUCAAGAAGAGUGUGCGGUGGUACGUGUCAGAGCUGGAGAGGACCAUCAUCUCUCUCUGCAGCAGCUUCGGCAUCGAGGCCUCGACGUCUCCUCACACCGGAGUCUGGGUGGGAGACAACAAGAUCUGUGCCGUCGGGAUCCACUGCGGACGCUACGUCACGUCUCACGGUGUCGCUCUGAACUGUAACACCGACCUGUCGUGGUUCUCCCACAUCGUGCCCUGCGGCAUUGUGGGUAAAGGAGUGACAUCACUGAGCGCCGAGCUGCGGCGGGACGUCAGCGUGGAGGAAGUGGAGCCGGCGCUGCUCGACGCUUUCAGCCGUCAGUUUAACUGCUCGCUGACGGACUCGCCGCCCGGUCACAUGAGAGAAUGA